GAAUAGAGAUAGACACGUUAUUGGAAACAGUGAAAACCCUCUGUUCACAGGAAGGCACAUCUCUCCCACUUCUCCUGAUGGCCACGGUUCUUAGAUCACUUUAUUUUCUGAUAAUUCUCUAUGUUUCCAUUUUUCCCUUGGCCUUUGCUCAAGAUGAAAACCAAUUCAUCUACAAUGGAUUCAAUCAAGCCAAUCUGCAUCUUGACGGAAUAGCAGAAAUUCACCCCAAUGGUCUCUUGCAGCUAACCAACCUUUCAAACCAGCAAGUUGGUCAUGCUUUCUACAAAUUUCCCAUAAAAUUCAACCCAACUAGUUCUCUAUCAUUUUCGACAAACUUUGUCUUUGCCAUGGUUCCUCAACCUCCAAAUCUCGCUGGUCAUGGCUUGGCCUUUGCCAUCAGUCCCUCCAGGGACUUCAUCCAUGCUGUAGCAAAUCAGUAUCUUGGACUCUUCAAUUCGUCAAAUAACGGGCUUCCUGCAAACCAGAUUUUGGCCAUUGAGAUUGAUUCUGUUAAGAAUCCUGAAUUUGAAGACAUCGAUAAUAAUCAUGUGGGAAUUGAUGUGAAUGGCCUGAAAUCAGUUGAAUCAGCUCCUGCAACAUAUUUUUCCAAUAAAGAAGGGAGGAAUAUAAGCUUGGAGCUCAUACGUGGGAAUCCAAUGCAACUUUGGAUAGAGUACGAUGAAGUAGAAAAGUUGCUGAAUGUAACACUAGCUCCUACCAGAAUCCCAAAACCAAACAGUCCACUCUUGUCAAAAUCCAUCAAUCUGUCUCAAAUUCUCUUGGAAUCUAUGUAUGUUGGUUUCUCUUCUGCCACAGGUACACUUGCAUGCAACCACUACAUUCUUGGAUGGAGCUUUAAUAAAAGUGGACAAGCACAAAGCCUCGAUGUUUCGAGCCUCCCUCCACUUCCCCCGCAGAGGAAAAGAAAAGAUAAACCAGGACUAAUGAUCAUGACUUUUCUCGUUGCAGUAGCGGUUGUGCUGAUAACAAUCCUUGGAGUUGUUUGCUUUUUAAGGAGGAAGAAAUAUGAAGAAGUGCGUGAAGAUUGGGAAAAGGAGUAUGGUCCUCGCAGGUUCAGCUAUAAGAGUCUCCAUAAAGCAACCAAAGGUUUUAAAGACACAGAGCUUCUUGGAGCAGGAGGUUUUGGAAAGGUUUAUAGAGGAACACUUCCUUCUAAUGUUCAAAUUGCUGUCAAGAGAGUUGCUCAUGAUUCCAAACAAGGGAUGAAGGAAUUUGUGGCUGAGAUUAUUAGCAUGGGAAGACUGAGGCACAGGCACUUGGUGCAGCUCCUCGGCUAUUGCCGGCGAAGGGGAGAACUCCUCUUGGUCUAUGAUUAUAUGCCCAAUGGAAGUCUGGAAAAGUUAUUAUAUAGCAAUGAAAGAACAAGCCUUAACUGGUUUCAACGAUUUCAAAUCCUCAGAGGAGUAGCAUCUGGCCUUCUUUACCUCCAUGAAGAGUGGGAACAGGUUGUUCUACACAGAGAUGUAAAGGCAAGCAAUGUUCUCUUAGAUGCUGAAUUAAAUGGAAGGCUAGGAGAUUUUGGCCUUGCCAGAUUAUAUGACCAUGGUACCAAUCCCCAAACCACCCACGUGGUUGGGACUGUAGGAUAUUUAGCUCCAGAGCUUACUAGAACAGGAAGGGCAACCACCUGCACUGAUGUGUUUGCUUUCGGGCUCAUGCUCGAGGUGGCCUGUGGAAGGAGGCCUAUAGAGCAACAAGCGCUGCCUGAGGAAGUAGUUUUGGUUGAUUGGGUCUUUGAAUGUGGGAGAAAAGGAGCUAUCCUUGAUGCCAGUGAUCCUAGAUUGGAAGGUUCCUAUGUGUCGGAGGAAAUGGUGUUGGUUUUGAAACUAGGGCUGCUCUGCUCACAUGCAAUUCCAGCAGCCAGGCCUAGCAUGAGGCAAGUGAUGCAGUUCCUGGAUGGCAAUGCUUAUCUGCCAGAUCUACCAUAUGACACUGCUUCUUUUGGUACGUUUACAAGUAAUGAAGAACACCCUUUCUUUUUGUCAUUUAUUUCAUCAUCUGGCAAGGGUUCUGCUCCUUCCAUGUCUACCACAGAUUCGAUCCUUACAAAUGGUCGUUGAAUUAGCCGUGUCUCAUGAAUCAUCAUAAGUAAAACCAGGUCAUGGAUCGAUGGUCCCUUGGCACACAAAAAGCCUACAAAUUACUUGUGGGUGGAGAGAAGAGGAAGAACAAACUUGUGAAGAUUAUGAUGUAUACAGUAGAUACACUAGUUGUAAACAUGUGUGAUGCAUAAGGAAAAUUAAAAUUAUUUAAUGAAAAAUAAUAUAUAUA